UUGGUGAUCCCCUGCUACUAGACACGGGAGCCUGUUAAGCGAAAGCUUCUUCUAUUCCGUCCACAACCAUUCGAACUACGUUUAGACCUUAGUCGAUUGUUCAUGUCGAAAUAUUACCAUACACUAUCUUGCAGUUGUGAUUAUUAAGUAAAGGUAGCCAUUAACUGUUCUCACUUCGGUAUGUUCACAACAGCUUUAUAUUAUUGAGUGCUGACAACUGUUGUGUAUUACAUCUCUUUUUUCAUACGACUAAGAGGAUUUCAACUACGUAAAUUCUUUAGAUGUGAAGAAAUAGCCACAUACUGUCGAUUUCAUAUAGCUAUGUUAGACUGCCUCGCAUAAACAAUAAUUUGCGUUAUUGUAACGUUUACGAAAUCCCGUGCUGUGUACAUGACUUAUGUUAUUACUUUCUAAUUUCUUCUAAGAUGUCUAACUGAUGGAAAUUGUCAGCAUUGAUUCGCCGAAGUUCCGAAUAGGAGAUCUGAGAAAGCAGUUUAUUUCCUGUCUACCCGAUGAACAUAAAAUAUUGAAGGAAAACGAAGCUAGUGAUCUUCUUACAUCUGAGUUUAAGAAGAUCGUAACUGAUUCUUCAAUAUUAAAGCAGCUUGAGAAUGAUUGCAGUUUGGAAAAUUUAUACGUCGAUAGAGAGUACACGACCUUAGAAGAAAUCUUAAAAAUCAUACCAUCGAGGAAGGAUGAAAAGCAGCUGAAAACCCUAACUCAUUUACUGAAAGAAACUGAAGGUUUGAAUUCUAGAACAUCAGUCCUCACAGCGAUGCAAAGAAAUCCUCGACCACUUGUGGAUAUGUCUUACCGAAAUUCUGUUGAUGAAUCUCCAGAGGCCACAGAAGUCAUCCCGGAUGUAUUUGUGACCGUUCUUGUCUACCGACCAUUUAGCCUUCCUAACAUUGAUCCCUGUGCACAGUCUCGGCAACUAGUCAUUACUCAGAGGUUGGUGCUGUUGUCCAAACAAAAUCUCACGGUCUUAAGGGAAGCUAUAAAGUGUUCACAAGAUAAAGUUUGGCUAGGAGACUGUAGCGAGGCCCUUGAUAAUCCUGAACUGCGUGUUUCGGCGGAUAAAAUAUACCCUUCUUCAUACUUUUUCAUUGAAGGCACAUUUUAUGAUGAUUUGCGGAAGACAAAUAGCAAGAGCCUUGGGGAAGAGGUUAUACAGUGGGCGAAAAGCAAGAAAGAACUUAAGACGUAUGGGCCUUUUACAUCAUUACCAAUGGAAUCAGUGACUCUCGCAAAUCUUGUUAUUUGUAUUGGAAAGCCAUAUUUCUUCGUACACCAAGGAAAUUGUGAACAUAUGAUUAUCUUCUCCGAUAUCCGUCUUGUAGAUCGUGAUUCAUGUCAAACUGAGUCCUUAUUCCCAAUGCUCACCGGUCGAUGCAAUGUACGUGUAAUGCAUUGUUUCGUCUGCAGACGUCUUGCAUCCCGCUGGAUAGUUACAGAGUGUGGGACAAUUUUACCUGUCGAUCCAUGUCCAAUAUGUGACACAAUAAAUCUUAUGGGUCUUCCUAGAGAAGAGAAAAACAAUGAACAAGCAGCGAACACAAACCCAUCAGUAGGAGAAUCAAGCGCAGAUAAAGUUGCGGCUGCUACUUUCGGUGUUUUAUCUGAAAUUUCAAGUCUCUUAAACACAGGUUUAGAUAAUGAAGAAUUGCUGAUGUGCAUCAAACUAAUUGAGAGCGGUGUGAACCCAACUACUCUAGCUUUACUUGUAAACAAUGUGAAACAACAGUGCGAACACCUUUCUGAACUCAAAAGAUAA